GCUGUACUUAGCUCGGGACUGGGCAUGAAGACCUAGCCAAGUGAACAAGAUGGGGCCGUAUCUUUGCAAACUGCUGGGAAACCCAGAAAAGCAAAGGUCCCAGGAUUAGCCGAGAUGGGCAAGUACACGAUCCGGGUGGUCACUGGAGACUCACUUCUGGCGGGUUCCAGCAACCCGGUGCAGCUGUGGCUGGUGGGCGAGCAUGGGGAGGCGGACCUCGGGAAGCAGCUGCGACCAAUGCGGAGAGGGGAAACGCAGUUGGAGAUCGACGUCCCCGUGCAUCUAGGACGCCUCCUGCUGGUGAAGAUGCACAAACACAGAGGCCUAUUUGAUUCUGACUGGUUCUGCAAGUGGGUCACUGUGCAGGGCCCUGGGACCCAAGGAGAGGUCUUUUUCCCCUGCUACAGUUGGGUGCAGAGCAACGAGACGAUCUGUGUAUCCGAGGGCACUGCCCUGAAGGUGAACGAUGACACUCAGAGCCUGUUUAGGAAGUAUCGCGAACAGGAGAUGGCGGAUCGAAGGAAGCUGUAUCAGUGGGGCUCCUGGAAGGAGGGGUUAAUCCUGCCUGUAGCAGGGAGUACACAGUGGGACCUCCCCAGGAACCAGAGAUUCAUGGAAGAUAAGGAUUUCGAUUUUUCCUUCACUCUGGUUAAAAUGUUGAAGGAAUUUGCCAUUAAGGGGACUUUAGAUUUUAUAAGUUGUGUACAAAAUCUGGAAGAUUACCAAAAGAUAUUCCCACGUGGAACUACUGCUCUGGCCGAGCGGAUUCGUGAAUCCUGGAAGGAGGAUGCCCUCUUUGGGUACCAGUUCCUCAAUGGUGCAAACCCCAUGCUCCUGAGGCGCUCUAAGAGCCUUCCAGACCGGCUGGUGGUGCCUCCAGAGAUGCAAGACUUAAAGACCCGGCUGGAGAAGGAGCUCCAGGCUGGAACUCUGUUUGAGGCUGACUUCUCCCUGCUGGAUGGAGUCAAGCCCAACAUCAUCAUUUUUAAGCAGCAGUAUGUGACAGCCCCUUUGGUCAUGCUGAAGCUAGAGCCGGAUGGAAGGCUCUUGCCCAUGCUCAUUCAGCUCCAUCCACCUCGACACGGAUGUUCCCCACCUCUGCUCUUCUUGCCCUCGGAUCCUCCCAUGGCCUGGCUCCUGGCCAAGAUCUGGGUUCGAAGCUCUGAUUUCCAGCUGCACCAGUUGCAGUCACAUCUGCUGAGGGGGCAUCUAAUGGCCGAGGUCAUCUCUGUGGCCACAAUGAGGAGCUUACCCAGCCUGCAUCCCAUAUACAAGCUCCUCAUCCCCCACUUUCGCUACACCAUGGAGAUCAACAUCCUGGCGCGGAAUAAUCUUGUCUCUGAAUAUGGGAUUUUUGAUCUGGUGGUGAGCACAGGGAGUGGAGGCCACGUGGACAUUCUCCAGAGAGCCACAGCUUGUCUGACUUACCGCUCCUUUUGCCCUCCGGAUGACUUGGCUGACCGUGGGCUCUUAGAUGUGAAAUCUUCUCUCUAUGCCCAGGAUGCCCUUAGGCUGUGGGAGAUCAUCAGUCGGUAUGUGGAAAGGAUGGUCGAGCUUUUCUACAAGAGUGACCAAGAUGUGAAGGAUGACCCUGAGCUGCAGGUCUGGUGCAGAGAGAUCACUGAUAUUGGACUGCUGAAGGGCCAGGAGCGGGGGUUUCCCCUAUCCUUAGAGUCCAGGGCUCAGCUCUGCCGUUUUGUUACCAUGUGCAUCUUCACGUGCACCGGUCAGCAUGCUUCUGCCCAUCAGGGUCAGCUGGACUGGUAUGCCUGGAUCCCCAAUGGCCCAUGUACCAUGCGGAAGCCCCCACCGACCUCCAAGGAUGUGACAGAGAAGGACAUAGUGGAUGCAAUGCCUACUCUCCAGCAGGCACGGAUGCAGAUGACAUUCACCAACUUCCUUGGCAGACGCCAGCCUGUCAUGGUAGCCCUGGGGCAUCAUACAGAGGAAUAUUUCUCAGGCCCUGAGCCCCGGGCUGUGCUGAAGCAGUUUCAGGAGGAGUUGGCUGUCAUGGACAAGGAGAUUGACGUCCGGAACGCAAGCCUGGAUCUGCCCUAUGAUUACCUCCAGCCCAGCAUGGUGGAAAACAGUGUGACCAUCUGAGAGGCCUCAGCAUCUGAGCCCCAGGGGAAGCCUCGCUCUCUUUGUAUCAUCAUAGUCUUUUGUCCUUGGCCACAUCCUUUGGUGACUAGAUAAGUGCCCAUCACACAGUCCUGGGGAGUACACAGAGAUCAUUCCCAUUGCAUUUCAGAAUCUGGAACCUUCCACAGCUGUGCACUUCCUUAGCUUCAAAUCCCUGUUACUCACUUCUCUUCCUCACAAGGAUCCGAUUUAUACAUUAAUUAAAGUCUGA